GAUUGAGUUAAGAAUAAAUGAUGGAGGGUGAGUGAGUGUGAAGGGGGGCAAAAGCUAUGAUUGAGAGAAUUGGUACCCCUGACACCACCAUGUCAUGAUUGGACUUACACAACCCCCCUCCCCCUUCUCUUCUUUCUAUAUAACCCAUCUCAACUCUCUCCCAUUUCUCUCCAUCUGCAUCUUCUGCAUUAAUCCAUCUCUCUCUCUCUCCUGUUAGACAAGGCAUAACAACCUAAGCUUAUAUCAAGAAUUUAUAGAUACAUAUAAGCAUGAUGAUUCACCAAAGGGAAGAUCACUUGGGUCUAAGCCUAAGCUUGUCCUCUCCAGCAGAAACUCACAGGCCAUCAUCAUCUUCAUCGCCACUACAACUGAAUCUAGCACCUUCCAUGACAAGCCCACCUUUCAAUCUCUUCCACAAAAAAGAAACCUCAGAUGGGUUCGUUCUUGACGCAUGCAGAGUCGAAACGAGGUCGUUUCUCAAGGGAAUCGACGUUAACCGGCUACCGGCGACGACGGUGGACAUGGAAGAAGAAGCUGGCGUGUCAUCACCCAACAGCACAAUAUCAAGUGUGAGUGGAAAGAGGAGUCUGGAGAGAUCUGAGAAUGGUCAUGGAGAUGAUCUUCUAGAUUGUUCUAGAGGCUUGAUUAAUAGUGAUGAAGAAGAUGGUGACAAUUCUAGAAAGAAACUCAGGCUUUCUAAAGACCAGUCUGCUAUUCUUGAAGACAGUUUUAAGGAACACAACACUCUUAAUCCAAAGCAAAAGCUGGCCUUGGCAAAAAGACUGGGUUUAAGACCUCGUCAGGUGGAGGUUUGGUUCCAGAAUAGAAGGGCAAGGACUAAGUUGAAGCAAACCGAGGUUGACUGUGAGUUCUUGAAAAGAUGCUGUGAGAAUCUAACAGAUGAAAAUAGGAGACUGAUGAAGGAGGUUCAAGAACUGAGGGCACUCAAACUAUCCCCACAGUUCUAUAUGCAAAUGACCCCUCCCACAACCCUCACCAUGUGCCCUUCAUGUGAGCGUGUCUCGGCCCCUCCUUCGUCUUCCACCGGCCCAUCCUCCACACCCGUCGAGGCCCCUCGGCCCCACCAUUCGGGUUCUAGUCACCAUCGCGUCCCUUUUAAUCCAUGGGCCAUUGCACCUGCUGGUCACCGAUCAUUCGAUGCAGUUCGCCAUUGAUCAAGGAUGUUUUGGUCAUAAAAAUCCCGAAAAUGUGAUGGAGAAAUGAAGAAUUUUCACUAGGAUAUCAUAUUAAUAUUAUCAUUAUGGUUAUGUAAAUUAUCUAGGAUUUGGUGGUUGAAAUGUGAUCCGGUAGGGUCUUAUUAUGUUUUGUAGUAUUAAGACCCCCUGCCCUGUUUAAGUAAUUAGGGUAGGUUUUUAGUCUUUACUCUUUAGUAUCAAUGCUUCUUGCCUAUUUUAAGGGUGGAAGUCUUUGUUUUGGAAACUUGGGGAGGAGAACUUUGAAUGUAAAGUUAUCUCUAAUCAUUUAGUAUUAACUUGUUAAA